CCGAGGCCAGAACUGCCGGCGUCGGCCUGGAGUUUUUCGGUUUUUGGUUCGCGGGUUUCCCAAGUGAUGGUGACGUCUGGUCCCGCCUCUUCUCACGCUUCCCGGCGGGUGCUCGGCUGAGGAGGAUUCUGGCGGCACCCCGCCGGGAGAUGGGGCUCUUCACGAGUCUCACUACCUAUUGUUGAACUGGUAACUUCAUGCUAGAUGACAGGCGCUGUUGUGUCAACUGAGUUUUGUAUGGGUUUCAAGAAAGGAAGCAAAACCACAGAUCUGUCAACUGUCAGAGAGUUCAGAUACUUUAGAUUCUGAAAGCGAAGCAGAGAGUGAACCAGAACAACUUUCUGGGUACCAUAAACUACUCACUACAUUAAAGGAUGUUUCUGAGGAAGAGGAGGAGGAUGAGGAGGAAGAGGAUGAAAUUAUAGAUGAAGAGCCAGAAAUGAGUGGUGAAGAUGGUGAUGUCAGUGUGGAAGAAGAGAUGGCAGCGGAGUCCGCUGAAAUGCAGGAAAAUAUGGCCUUAUAUACUGACUCUCAAGAAAAAGAUGGGGAAGGGCCACCUGGCAAGUCACAAGAAGGAUCCCCUGAGGAGUUCACAGAUGCAAAACAUGAAUCACUGUUCAGCCUGGAAACCAAUUUUCUCAAAGAGGAAAGUGGAGGCAACUGUUCUCUGAAAGUGUUACAAGAUCCCUUUCUACAACAUGUGAACAGAGAACUGAGAGAAAAAGAAGUUCAGGCUGUUGCCACAAAUCCCAAAACUACCCACCAACUAAAAUGGCCCACCCUGGGCCAGCUUGUUUUCUCAUCCAAGUUUCAGAAGUUGGAAACAUUUAAGCCACCAAAGGACAUUGAUGUAAAAUCGCUUCAUCUCCAGAAGCCUCUGGAAUCCACCUGGACCAAGACUAACAUCCAGUUCUUAUCUGGCCCCAAAAAAUCAAGUAGCCCCUUCACUCCGCUCCAGAAGGAACUCUUCUUAAUUAUGAAUUCUUACCAGGACCUCUUCUACUCCGAAAGGACUGCCUUGAAGAAUGGUGAAGAGAUCCGUCACGUGUAUUGCCUACAUGCCAUAAAUCAUGUCCUCAAAGCCAAUGCCCGGGUACUUGGCAACAAUAGCAGACGCCGAAGCCAGAAACUUGGGGUGGGCGAUGAUGAUGACUUCAGGGACCAGGGGCUUACAAGACCCAAGGUGCUGGUAGUGGUACCUUUCCGGGAAGCUGCCUUACGGGUGGUACAGCUCUUCAUCAGCCUCCUAGAGGGUGACAGCAAGAAAAAAAUAAUUGUGAGCAACAAAAAGAGGUUUAAGGGAGAGUAUGGAUCAGAUCCUGAGGAGAGACCCCCCAACCUGAAGAGGCCUGAGGAUUACGAAGCUGUGUUUGUCGGCAACAUCGAUGACCACUUCAGGAUAGGAGUUGCAAUACUUCAGAGAAGCAUCCGGCUCUAUGCCCCCUUUUAUUCCUCAGACAUUCUUAUUGCCUCCCCUCUGGGUUUGAGGACUAUUAUUGGUGCAGAAGGAGAGAAGAAGAGAGAUUUUGACUUUUUAUCUUCUAUUGAGCUUCUCAUCAUUGAUCAAGCUGACAUUUACCUGAUGCAGAACUGGGAGCAUGUCCUGCACUUGAUGAAUCACAUGAACCUACUGCCCUUGGACUCACAUGGGGUGGACUUUUCCCGAGUGCGGAUGUGGAGCCUCAAUAAUUGGUCCAAGUACUAUCGCCAGACAUUGCUGUUUGGGGCUGUGCAGGAUGCCCAGAUCAACUCACUGUUCAACAAGCACUGCAUCAAUUUGCAAGGCCAGGUGGCUGUGAGAAAUGUCCCCAUGACAGGUUCCAUCAGCCAUGUCCUGGUGCAGCUCCCACAUGUCUUCCAGAGGAUGGAAGCAGAAAACCUAGCUUCAGCGAUUGACGUCAGGUUUAGCUUUUUUGUGAACAAGAUUUUGCCUCAGUAUCGUGACGCGGUCAUGUCUCACACGCUCAUCUAUGUCCCCUCCUACUUUGACUUUGUGCGUCUUCGAAAUUACUUCAAGAAGGAAGAGCUGAACUUCACCCACAUCUGCGAGUACGCUAAGAAGUCUGGUAUCUCCAGGGCCAGACAGUUCUUCCUUCAAGGAGAGAAGCAGUUUCUACUCCUCACAGAACGUUUCCAUUUCUACAAAAGGUAUACAAUAAAAGGCAUUAGGAACCUGAUUUUCUAUGAACUGCCAACAUAUCCCCACUUCUAUAGUGAAAUCUGUAACAUGCUGAAAGCCACCAAUAGAGGAGAGGAAGCCACGUGGACCUGCACUGUUCUCUACUCCAAGUACGAUGCCCAGAGACUAGCUGCCGUUGUCGGUGUGGAGCGGGCCGCACAGAUGCUGCAGUCCAAGAAGAGCAUCCACCUCUUUAUUACUGGAGAAAAAUGAGAUGUUAUUGGACUGGAAAUAGCAUUUGGCAUGAUACAUAAUGCUUGAUUCUGUGCCAUUUGGACCCGGUUCUGAUUACUAAUAUAAGACAGGGAUUGACACAAGAAAAGGGCAUCUGGCAA